UAUCAGAGUUUCAACAGUUUCCUUGCAUAAUAGUUUGUUAUUUACGUACAAGUACGAGCACUACAGAAACAGCAUUGGUACCAUCUUCUUUCCCUCUGCUUCUUCACAUUUUCCACCUUCCUCCCUGCAAUAUUGGCUAACUUCUGAAAAGGCAAUCAGGCAGAAAGACAACAAAGGUUCUGGAAAAAGAAACUGGGAAGAAACGCAUGAUCCAAAGGAAAAAGAUAUUUGACUUUUCUGUGCACACCUAAGGUAAUGAAGGUUGCACUUCACCAUAAUGAUUCGAGAAUAGCCGAGAUAGGUGGCAAAUGUCUUCGGAUUCCACAGACAUGUCAAACUUUUCAGGGGACAUGGAAACAACAGCAGAAAAUGAGACAAGUCCUGCUCCUAGUAUCUUUUCAAUCCUCCAAAGGACCACUGCAGUAAUCCCAAGCUCAAGCCCCCUAUUUCCUGCUGAAAAGGCAGACCCCCUGCCUAUUAUUAUAGCUCUUAUUUGUAUAUUUCUUCUUUUGGCCACAUGCCUCAUCUUUGUGACUCUUUGCAAGCCAUCUGCUCUGGAUCAAUCCCGCUAUGGUCCGCACGAGUGCAUGCCAUACCAUGUGGAAGAUGCCAGUGAACCUCAGCUGAAGCUCUGGAAACGACUGGGAUCUCUUCGACGAUCUAUCCACAGCUUUCGCAGAAGUCAACCAAUUUCACAGCGGCACCGGACUUAUUCAAGGCAGCCACAGGCUGGUUAUGACUUAGACAUCAUGGAGUCUACAAAAAUGUGACCUUCACAAGACACUGUCAUGACAUAUCAUAGAUGUCAGGAAGUUUUGAUUUAGCUUGAGGAUGGCAAGAAAAUGAAUUGUCACUGCAAUGUGUACUGUAACAAAAGAAACCACACUGUUUCUGAAGUAGUUCCUACUGCUGAAAUAUAUGACUUGUAUGGUAUCUAAACUUUCUCUGCGAGGAAAAAGCUGCUAAUUUGCACAGAUGUGGAUACAGACUGCACCCAAAAGCUUACCUAGCGCUCUCUGGAAAAACUAUGUAAUGCCACUUCCUGUCAGAUUUGUUAACAGUCAGUUCUGUUACUUGCCAGAUAACAAUAAUCAUAAUUUAAAAUGUUUAAUUUAUCUAAUUUUAAGCUGUAAUUAUUCUCUAUUUUAAAGCAGCAUUACAAGAGAGCUGUACUCUUUUGGAGGGGCAGCAACAUUUUUUCUGCAUAUACUCUUGGACAAACUCACUAGAAAAUGCGACAUGUAUUUUCAAAUGGAAUGAUUCAUGUUCUGCUGGCAGUGGAGUAUAUCUAAAUCAGAACCUGAAGCAUUUUGUCUUCUCUGGUUGAAGAGUUGCAAUGCAAAAGUACUAGUUCAGAACUUUUUAGUUCAAAACCACAUGAGAUUAGAUGAUAACGCAUGAGAAAGCAGCCAUUCCUGCUGUCCCUUUAGAGAGAUGUGAUCCAGAUGUGUUGGAAUUUGUUGCUCAUGUUUAUAACAUGGCUGCAGAACUGCGAUUUAAAAUUAUUCUCAGUGCUAAGGAUGAGAGAGACACAUGGCGAUUGUAUUAGCAGUAGUAUCUUUUCAUUCUGAAUCUCAUAGAAUAAAAUGUUACCGACCAUUUUUCUAUAAGCAUUACUGGAGAAGUUUUGUAAACACUGUUUGUCUAUAUAAAGGAGGUUUCAUAAUUCCAGAGCCACUGUGACCUGAGACUAUGAUACAGUACCUUUACUACUGCCUUCUGUGAGUUUCACAUCAAAAUAAUGCCAUUUAGUUUAUCAGGUUAACACUACAUUUAUUCCACACUCAUGACAUAUUAACAUAAUGAAAAUGCACACUGUGGAUACCUGCAGCCUAAUUAGUCUUUCACACUGUGUUGCAAGUGCUGGAUAGAAAAACGAAAUGCAUACAAGUUAGUUCGAGUUAGAAGCACCUAGUUUAAUACUGUAAAAUAUUGACAUUUUUUGCUAAGAAUUGCAGUUCAGAAAUUAGUACAAAAAAGAACAUAAAUAAAGCUGCUGUUGUAAAAAUA